UGGCUCCUUUAUAAAUAUCUGUUUCAGAUAGCUGUUACAAAGUGUGCCUCGCUUCUAACGUCACCGACUCAGUUGCCAUCAGUGAGUGAGUGGUCUCAGCAUCAACAAAGCAUCACCAAACAGAGGGAAAAUGGGUCGUGGUGUGAGUGCUGGUGGUGGCCAGAGUUCCUUGGGUUACCUCUUCGGCAGUGGGGAGCCUGCCAGCAAUGUUCAAAGUGCUAACCAGGCUGCAAGUGGUGCACGCACUCAAAAUGCUAGUGCUCCUUCACCACCAGUUGAGAAGCAGCAAAGUCCAGCACCAGUUGAAAAGCAGCAAAGUCCAGCACCAGUUGAAAAGCAAAUUCCUGCUGGAAUUCCUGGAAGUCUCAAAAACAAUUACCAUCGUGCUGAUGGCCAAAACUGUGGCAACUUUCUCACUGAUCGACCAUCUACCAAGGUUCAUGCUGCUCCAGGUGGUGGAUCUUCCUUGGGAUACCUGUUUGGUGGUCCUCCAGGGAACUAAUUAAUUCAUGGCUGUGGUUAAAAUCUACCAUGAUGAUGAAUCAUGUGUAAAAUAGAUAGUGUUGUCAUUGCCUUGUGUUUAGACCAGUGAACUUUCUUCUUCUGCUAUUGAACUCAACCUCUUGACAAUGCUGGUGUGGCUAUUGGCCCAAACUAAGCUGAUUCUAGGUUUGUUGUUCUGUGCUAUUGUGUGGGUUUCAAUUAAGGAAUUUACUGUGCCAAUGAGCUAAAGUUCCAUUAUGAAA